AUGAGAACAGUCUUCGUAGUUUUGACACUUUUUUCUUCUCUUCUUGGAAUCAUUGGGGUCCUUCUCAACUUUCUCGUUUGUCUUGUCUACUUCACAAACACCAGGUUCUUAGAUGCUCCCAAUCUCUUCAUCCUAAACAUCACCCUCGGCGACCUACUGUACUCAUUGGUCGCCUGUCCAAUGCUGGCGGCAUCAAACGCCAGAGGUGAGUGGCUAUUCGGAGACGCAGGUUGCACUGCGUCUGGUUUCCUCGCCACGUUUUUCGCUCUUGGAGCCAUGAUGAACCUAGUCGGUGCAGCAUACGAACGUUACACCACAAUCUGCAAGCUAUUUGACGAUGGCGAAGCUCAGUUUAGUCGAAGAAAAGCUUUGCUUCUCAUCGGGUUUUUCUGGUGCUACUCUUUCUUCUGGAGCGUCCUUCCCGUCCUUGGAUGGUCGAGCUAUGUUCAGGAAGGAGUUGGAACCAGCUGCUCUAUAGAUUGGAAGUCAGGAGGAGUGGGGAAUGUUUCCUACGCCGCAUGGUUGACUCUCUCUUGCUAUGUAGUUCCAGUUGCCGUCAUCGUCUUCUGCUUCUACAAAACGCACAGAACGGUUCAAAAGUUGAGCGAGCGAGCACGGGAGCACUGGGGAGAGAACUCCAUUGCUACUCAAGAAACUAUCGCAGCCGAGAACAAAAUGGCCCGGAUAGCUUUUGUCAUGACAACGGCUUUUAUAAUUGCUUGGACGCCUUACGCCGUCACCUCAACUGUAGCAAUGUACAAUCCAAAUCUGAUCAGCGAUAUAGGCGCGUCGAUUCCAGCCUACUUCGCCAAAUUUUCAGCAUGCUAUAAUCCUUUCAUUUACUUGUUUAUGUAUAGGAAACUUCGGAAAGCCAUGAAGAAAGUGCUCUACUGUGGGAGGCGGACAUAAAUUCACCCGAUUAGAGCCAAUGGAUGAAAACAUCAAAUAUGACCUCUUCGUUUUCCCGCCAAAAAAAAUCCUAAUAUGGAGAAACCGCUCGAAGAGAACGAACAUGAUGUGAUCUGCCGAAAUACAAAUUUAGGUGAAGAUAUGAUCCAGGGGCACCCAACGAGAAUAUAGUUCAAAACCACUUAAACAUAGCAUUGUUAAACGUAUUUUAGUAUUUAAACGGUAGAUAUAGGCAUAUUUUGAUCCCCUAAAAAUUUUUCAUCUGUUCGGAUUCUAUAGCUGAAAGUUUGCUGAUCCGAAAAAUUGUAGGGAUCGGAUCAAAACUGACCUUUUCGAAAAUUUCAGCCAGAAAAUAGGCUCCAGAAAAUUCUAGGUGACCUUUUUAGGGAAAACAUCCAUUAAAAAUGGGCAUUUAUACCAGUUUUUUGGUGUUCGAAAACCCUAGGAGAGGCAGGCAAGCAAGAAAUUUUACAACAAAUGUUCCGAAAAUUCUAGAUCUGAAAUCGUCUUCCGAACAGAUAUUUUCCUAAAAUUGACGUUGGAUGCCCCUGAUGAUCGUUGCAGUGGUAAUUGCAAUUCGGCCUCAACGGGAUUCGAACCAUCGCUGUUGUUCCUGAUAUCACCAAUCAAUGGUGUUUUAAUACAGACAGUGGCCGGACUGAUUAGUGGAGUUGUAUUUCUAGACCUUUUAAGAACGCCUUUGAUAUAGACGAUAUAGUAGAUCACGAGCUUCUAGUGACAAAAUUGGAGUAUAUUGGAGUUCGUGGCCGCCCGUUAUCGGAAUGGUUUAAAUCCUAUCACGUUGUAUAUAUAAACGGAGUACUCUCUGAGAAAUCCAUUUUAAAAUGUGGUGUUCCCAAGGGUUCAAUACUUUGGCCACUUUUAUUUCUAAUAAAUACAAAUGAUCUUAGUAAUAUAAUGGAUUAUGCUGCCACAUGAAUGUACGCAGAUGAUACUAAUUUGACUUUCACUGCUCUCAGAUUCCCUGAACUACAUAGAUUUCCGAUACCUCCAAAAUUGGCUGAUAGCAAACAGGCUUACUUUAAAAUCGGAAUACUGUACGCAUGUUAGUUGGUUCAAGCCAAAGAAUAACGACUGUUACACAAGGUAGCCUGUGAACAGCAGACGUAUCUCCGGUCCGUCGCUUCUCUCCCUCCGAAAAAUAGCACGUUAUUUUUCGGAGGGAGAGAAGCGACGACGGGAAAUACGUCUGCUGUUCGCAGGCUAUACACAAGAGGUAAGGGCUCGAUCUUUCUAUAAACGGGAUUUUGCUUUAAAAGCGUAGGCAGUAGCAAAUGUCUAGGUGUAGAAAUUGGCCAGUUUUUUACAUUGGUGUUCUUAUAUUACUAGUGUCUCAAAAAAGUAUCUUCUGGUAAUUAGGAGUCUUAAACACGUUUAGGCCUUUUGUUUCAGUUUCAAAUUUAACGAGUGUUUAUCAGUCAUUUGUUGAACCAUACUUUUGUUAUUGCAGUAUUGCAGUAUUGUGUGGUUCGGUCUGACACCCAGUGGAUUCUUAUACAAGCUGUUACAAAUAAAAGUCCGAGGAAACUUCUUUAAAGUCAUAAAUACUCAAACUCUACCUGUUCUAUUAGGAUUGGAAAUAACCAAAAACUACCUUUCAAUACACUAGAGGUGUGCGUCAAGGCUUCCUUUUAUGUCCUCUUCUCUUUAACCUAUACGUUAAUGAUUUAGCUUUUUCAUUCAACAAUAUUUUAUCUGAUCCAUUUGUACCACUAAAUGGCACCUUUUUACCGAUACAGCGGACAUAUUAAAUUAAUUCCAUCUGAGGAGUAUUAUAGGAUGCUCAGGGGGCAUGAGCACAUUUCGGGCGUGGUCAAUCACGUGACCUGGUACUGGAUUUCCCCUUUCAAGUUAUUUUUUUUCAGGUUAGUUUACCUUACCAUCUAUUAUUCCUGGAGGAUGUCGUUAACAAUGGUUUUUGGAAAAUUUGCCUAAAAAUCACUAAUGACUUGGAACAGGCAAUAAUCUACUUGAGCAACAAGAACUCCUUCAAAAUCAGCAAAACAACAAUUUUGCUCGUGCAUCACAUUUCUUUGUACAUUUCUUCUCCCUCAAUGUAGGUUUACGACGUGAAAAUGCCAACGUUUACUUUUAAUUUUAUGGAGAACGAAAGCAAGCUAUCGAUGAAAUUAUACAAUCUUUCUCUUUUUGAACUUGGAUAUGGUUUCUAGGAAUUCACUUGCAUGAGGUUCCACCUUCAUUUGAGGUGAGUUUGAAAAAUCGCGAUAAAAAUGGAAAGAACGAGAAUUCACUUGACGUUUUCGCAGCUGCAGUCGCUGUCCUCGGAUCUUAAAGUCCCCAUUUUUAAAUUAAAAGCUGCUCAAGGGAUUUAAUGGCUACUCGUGGAGCACUGUAAAAGCCGCAGAAUUGAGUGCUAAAUUACAGUAUACUAUAAAGACCUGAUAAAAUCUCAAGAAAUCGCAAUUAGAUAAAUCCUUAAUCGGUUACAUUAACUUAAUUUGACAUUAAGAAUAGAACAACCCUAGGCCAGUUGCUUUCAGCGGUGUCUUUUGAGCAAGGAGUGGUUUAGAAAACAUGCUGCUUUUUAUAUGCAAAGACUGUAUUAAUGUGAGAUUCUCCGCUAGUAGAUAGAUUUUUCAUUGUGACAGAUUCAAUUCUAUAAUAAUGCCAAAAAUCGAAUCUAUCUGAGCUACCACACAAGACUGAUUCAUCAUAAAAAAAGGUUUCAAUUAUUCUGAAAAGUGCCGCUCGGUCAGUUUGUUUAUCUAAUCACAUCAGGUUUGACUGAGAAUUCUUCCUUUUUCUCAGGAAGGAAGCAAGUCCUUGAAUUGUAAGCAAGGCUUAACAGACCAAUCAGACCAAUCACUUUAAGGACGAAAUGAUUACAAGUUUUAAAUGUUUUUUUGUGCGGCUAGCUUUUGCCACAAUGAAUCAUCUUCAUGCUAUACAAAUGGACCGAACUCGAAUGCAAAUUUAUCCGUCUUUCUUAAAGCCGUGCGGAAAUUAUUUUCUGAGGUCAUUUCGACUUCGUCGGGUUGAAGUAGAGUCAAUCGACAUCACCUGUCUCGAUUCGCUUCCAGUGUUUCUCAAGACGUUUUUUUUUUGCGUUUCUUGGUAUGGCACUGCAAAGCGGCUAAAUGCACAGGGGUAAGAUUGAUCGGGAAGAAAGAAAUAGUUUUUAAAGGAAUUUUAAGCACCUGAUGUUUUUGAAAACAUGCAGUGGCUGACAUUCAACAGCGAGUAAGUACUAAUCAAAGCACGAGUUCAUUUUUUGUAGGCUUUUUUAGCCUAAAGUUUCUCUUAAUGAUAUUGCACCGCUGAUUCGGUUUUAUCAGCAGCGUCUCAGACUAGAUUGAAAUUAAACUACUACUUUUCCUAGAGGUCGCAUAUGGGAAGGCAGGUUCUUAUAUCCACGAAAGAAUCUUUUCGGCAGGGUAGUGAAUGGGAGUACUUAAGUGUGAAAAAAAAAAUUCGGUAUCGCUUGUGCGAGAGAGCAAGCUCUCGAUUUGGGAAUAUCGUGAGAGGCCUAUCGCGAUAGAAAGAGCUUGUUGGAAGGCUACAGUGGUCACUAGAGGUUUCUUCUUUUCCUUCUUCUUCUCAAGUUUUUUCGUCGUUUUGCGGUUAGUUGUCUGCGGUCGCACGGCAGCUUGCUGGCUCAAGCUUCAAACAUGCUUCGUAAAAGGGGACUUCACUCACAGAUACUCUUGUUCCUUGGCCAUUGUAGCUUCAUAAGAAAUAACAUUCAACUAGCGGUGAUAAACAAAAGGAAAGAACGCCUCGCGAAAUUAAAAAAUAUAACUUUUAAUUAACUUGACGUUUCGUAUGCUUCAACAAAGAUGCAUUUUAAAGCUUAAAGACGAAGAGAUAUUUUCCAUGAAUAAUCGUUUUAAUUAUAUCAAUUCACAAUAUUUUCAACCUCACUUCCGCGGUUAGAAUUUCUUUAAAACGAUUGCCUGUUUCUUGGCAGUUUUACGAUAUGAAUGGAUGUUCUUGUACUUUCAAAUAUGCCUCAAGUGCAAAAAACAUUUACCAUUCGUCGAGUGUUUUUUUGUUUUGGCGCAUUCUUGCAGUAAUUCGACUAUUUUUAAACCUUUUUUUCCAUCUCUCCUUGCCAAACAGAUAAAAAGCCACGCCAAUGUCUUGCGCAACGUCAAUCGUGGAUAAUUUUUCCAUUAUUUAGAAGAUAACACUAAACACUUAAUUUUUUGGCUCUGUAACAUGAAACAGUUAAAUUUUAGGCAUUUUAACACCACUAGUAAAAAAUUCACUGUAACGGUAAAUUUUUUCCAAAAAGAAACAAAAACGGCCCAAAAAAGGCCAAUAUUAUUUUGUUUAGUAUAUCAAGGAGUUUUCGACCAUUUUGCGACAAUUCCGGAUUAUUUCAGAAGAUUUCCGAAGACUACCAAGGAUGUCCGAAGAUUGCCGAAGAUGUCUAAAGACAACCGAAGAUUUCCGAGGAGAAAUCCGAAAAUUUUCCAAAAGCAGAUAAGAUUUGACAAUGCUGAAAGACUAUGGUGUUUCUUUUUCACGAAAAAUCCGCCAAACAUUUAACACUAUUUUCUCCGUAAACAGUAAACACUAAAGAAUUGGCCAAAUAACACUAAACACUAAACCCUAUUCAGGCCCUCCUAUUGACGCCAGUGGUGACGUCAAACCACCCCGUUUAUACGACCACCUACCACCAAAUGUUUUCCAAAAAGAAACAAAAACAGCUAAAAACAGGCCAAUAUUAUUUUGUUUAGUAUAUCAAAGAGUUUUCGGCCAUUUUGCGACAAUUCCCCAUUAUUUCAGAAGAUUUCCGGAGACUACCGAAGACCCCCGAAGACAACCAAGGAUGUCCGAAGAUUGCCGAAGAUGUCUAAGAACAACCGAAGAUUUCCGAGGAGAAAUCCGAAAAUUUUCCAAAAGCAGAUAAGAUUUGACAAUGCUAAAAGACUAUGGUGUUUCUUUCUCACGAAAAACCCGCCAAACACUUAACACUAUUAUCUCCGUAAACAGUAAACACUAAAGAAUUGACCAAAUAACACUAAACACUAAACCCCACUGAGGCCCACCUAUUGACGUCAGUGGUGACGUCAAACCAUCCCGUUUAUACGACCACCUAGGUAUUACAACCAUAUUCUUUCGAACCAAAACGAAAACAUCACUGAGUCAUCUUGUUAUUUUAAAAACACUGUUAAUGCGAGCACCUCGUUAUUACGACCAGGAUUUUACAGCCCAACGGUGGUCGCAUUAAAGGAGUUCCACUGCAUUAUUCCACGAUUAACGCCAGUCACUGUCGUCAGUAUAGCACGUAGAAUAAAGUUGAACCUUGCCAUAACGGCCACCUUGGAGACAGAAGAAAGUGGCCGCUGCAGAGAGGUUUAAAUAAUAUGGACUGUCGGCCAAAAAAGUGACCGUUGCAGAAAGCUGGCCAUUGUGGAGAGGUGGACGUUAGUGGAGCAUAUGUUCGGCUGUGAUAGCAAACAUCUUCCAAAUUUGGACAGCACAAGACGCAGAUCAGUUUGCUCAAUCAGGCCCUACUGACCUAAUUCCUUUCACAUAAGCUAAAUUAAUUAAUCUAAAUCACAAAAUACUUUUUCGUAAUUCGCCCAUGCUCCAUUACGUAAUGUAAUAACUCCUACUCUCUUUCGCUCUCUAGGUGAAAGACUGACGAUGAGGACCGUCUUUAAAGUUUUCGCAGCUUUUGCGUCCGUUUUUGGAAUAUGUGGGGUAGCCCUCAACUUUCUCGUUUGCUUUGUGUAUUUCACAAAUACCAGGCUCUUAGAUGCUCCCAACGUCUUCAUUCUCAACAUUACGCUUAGCAACCUGUUUUACUCAUUGGUAGCGCUUCCACUGCUAGUGGCAGCCAACGCACGAGGCGAGUGGCUGUUUGGAGACGCAGGUUGCACCGCGUAUGGUUUCCUCACCACCUUUUUUGGUCUCGGAUCCAUGAUGAAUCUGGUCGGGGCCGCGUGCGAACGUUGCAUCACAUUUUACAAGCUGCACAAAACUGGUACCGCUCAGGUCAGCCGAAGGAAAGCUCUGCUUCUCUCCUCAGUUCUCUGGUGUUACUCAUUCGUCUGGAGCUUUUUCCCUAUCCUUGGUUGGUCAAGCUAUGUAAAAGAAGGAGUUGGAACGAGCUGCUCCAUUGAUUGGGAGUCGAGAGAGGCUGGUAAUGUCUCAUACGCCGUGUGCUUGAUCCUGGCGUGCUUUGUCGUACCAGUUGCUGCGAUCAUCUUCUGUUUGUACAAGUCGUACACAACUCUUGGCAAGUUAGGUGAGCAAGCACGUGAGCAGUGGGGAGAAAAGUCCACUGUUACUCAAGAAACUGUCGCAGCUGAGACCAAAAUGGCGUGGAUAGGGGUUGUCAUGACAACCGGUUUUCUGUUCGCUUGGACGCCGUACACCAUCGCCUCGAUUAUAGCCAUGUACGACCCUGGUCUGGUCAGCGACAUCGGCGCGUCGAUUCCAGCGUACAUCGCAAAAUCGUCUGCGUGCUACAAUCCAUUUAUUUGCAUGUUUAUGCAUAAGAAGCUGCGAAAGGCUACUAAAAAUGCGCUUCGUUGUGGGAAGAAACAAGUUCAUCUUUCU